AUGAAGAUUGGUAAAUUAUUCUUUUUAUUAAACAUCUUUGUUGUAUGCCACUUAAUUUUAUCAUGCUUAUGUCGAAAGGGACAAGCUACUCGCGGAAAUUUGUUGGCAUUAAAAGCCAUUGAACAAGAUUUACAACAAAAGAAGAAAAGAAAAAGAAACUUGAUUUUAUAUUCAUUAGGUUCUGCUGCAUUAAUAGCUGCCCUUGUUGUUACAGGUAUAGGACUUAACAUGUAUAUGAAAAGAAAAAAAGAUGAAUCUCAUGUACAAGAAGUUAUAGAAGCAAAAGAAGAAGAAGUUAAAGAAAAACAAUCUGAGAAAAAAAAAACUACAGUUAAAGUAGUUCCUAAAAGAGUUCCUGUUAAAACUAGAUCAGCACAUGGAAGAUCCAAAGUACCUAGUGUAAAUCAUCAAGACGUAGCUCCCAAAUUAGAUGAUGAGAAAAAAGAAGAACCAUCAAAUUUUACUGAUAAUGAUCUUGUAUUAACAGCUGAUUCUUUAAAGGUAUUGGAACCAAAACUUGAUGAAAAUUCUGAAGGUGCUGAUUUUCUUAAAAACAUGAAUGAACCUAAAGAAGUUGAUUCUUUUAGUCUUGAUAGUGCCUUAACAGAUGCUUCUGAACAAAAUGAAAACAAAGAUGCUGAACUUUCUACAGAUCUUAUCCAUACUCCAACAGAUAGUAGUCUUGACUUAUCAGAUGAUAAAAAAGAUACUUCCACAAAUGAUUUAGAAUCUUUAAAUCUUGAUAGUUCAUCUCCAAGUGAGUUCACUCAAGAUAAACCUCAAGCUGAAUCAGAAACUAUGCCUGCAGAACCUUCCGCUCAAGAACCUAUGAUACCAGAACCUUCCGCUCAAGAACCUACGACUCCAGAAUCUUCCUCCCAAGAACCUACGACUCCAGAAUCUUCUUCCCAAGAACCUUUGACUCCAGAAUCUUCCUCUCAAGAACCUACAACUCCAGAAUCUUCUUCCCAAGAACCUACGACUCCAGAAUCUUCUUCUCAAGAACCUACGACUCCAGAACCUACUUCUGAAUCCAAAACACCUGAAAUAAAGGAAGUAGAUGAACCAGUUGUAGUACCUUCAUAUUAUCCAACUACCGGUCCAAAUCCAAAUACCCAUGGACCACCAAGAAGAAGAACUUCAUCUAGAUCUUCUGGAUCAUCAAAUAGAACUUCAUCUGGUACUACUACUAGACCCAGAAGUCGUUCUAACACAACACGUGAUUCCUCAGGAAGAUCAUCUGGAAGAACUUCCACACCAAAAGUCAGAAAAGAACAAUAA